UGCAGCUCCCUCCAGUUUGAACAUGGCGGCCUCCCAGUGCUCCCAGUACUACCAGGAGAUGCAGGACAGCUUCAGGACCAACAACAAGAGCCGAGAGUUCCCGGCUCACACCGCCAAGGUGCACUCGGUGGCCUGGAGCUGCGACGGCCGGAGGCUGGCGUCCGGGUCCUUCGACAAGACCGCGUCCGUCUUCCUGCUGGAGAAGGACCGGCUGGUGAAGGAGAAUAACUACCGGGGUCACAGCGACAGCGUGGAUCAGCUCUGCUGGCAUCCGACCAACCCCGAUCUGUUCGUCACGGCGUCCGGAGACAAGACCAUCCGCAUCUGGGACGUCCGCACCACCAAGUGCAUCGCCACCGACAACACCAAAGGAGAGAACAUCAACAUCUGCUGGAGUCCUGACGGUCAGACCAUCGCCGUGGGGAACAAAGACGAUGUGGUGACCUUCAUCGACGCCAAGACGCAUCGCUCCAAGGCCGAGGAGCAGUUCAUCGAGAUCUCCUGGAACAACGACAACGACAUGUUCUUCCUCACCAACGGCAAUGUGUGUGUGCGCGUGCGCAGUUAUCCGGAGCUGAAGCCGAUCCAGUCCAUCAACGCUCACCCAUCCAACUGUAUCUGCAUCAAGUUCGACCCGACAGGAAAAUACUUUGCCACAGGAAGUGCCGACGCGCUGGUGAGCCUGUGGGACGUGGAGGAGCUGGUGUGUGUGCGCUGUUUCUCCAGGCUGGACUGGCCCGUGAGGACGCUGAGCUUCAGCCACGACGGCAGGAUGUUGGCCUCGGCCUCCGAGGAUCACUUCAUCGACAUUGCAGAGGUCGAGACGGGAGAGAAGCUGUGGGAGGUCCAGUGUGACUCCCCGACCUUCACCGUCGCCUGGCACCCAAAGAGGCCGCUGUUGGCGUACGCCUGCGACGACAAGGAGGGAAAAUACGACAACAACCGGGAGGCCGGCACCGUCAAACUGUUCGGACUCCCCAACGACUCCUGACGAGCUGAGAUCAAUAACCACGAUCAGUGUGAUCGAUUAUCUUCAUCGGUCUGAUGGAUUGUUCCGAUCAGUCGGAGGACAGGAAACAGAAUCUUCCUCAUUUCCUGUUUGAGUUUGCAGAUAUGACGUCAAGUCUGUGCCGUAAAAUAUAGUUUUUCUGUAAAAUAAUCUGUUUUUGAUAUUAAAGUGCGACUCUUUGUAAAA